AUGGCAAUAAAUAUAGGCACAACUUUUACUAUGAGCGACAACUAUAAUGAAAAUUCUCAUCCACAAUUGGUAGCUGUUGAUUCAACAAUUCCAUACAUUCGUGAAGCAAUUAAUGUAUUCGAUAUUCAAUCUUCUUCUACUCCCUUGAUUAUUGCUGAUUUUGGUUCAGCCCAUGGAUCCAAUUCAUUGUAUGCUAUGAAGAUAAUUAUUCAGUGUUUGAGAGAAGCCAAUAAAAUAGAAAAUGAAAAGGCAAUUCUCGUUAUUCAUAAUGAUUUGCCUACGAAUGAUUGGAUAACACUUUUUAAUCUUUUAAAUAAAGAUAACUCAUAUUAUAGUUUGGCUAAUGGUCGAUCUUUCUAUGAAUCAUGCUUACCUCCGAAUUCGCUUUCAAUCGGUUAUUCAUCGACUUCACUUCAUUGGCUUUCACGAAAACCAUGUAAUAUAUCAAAUCAUUGUGCAUCUUUAUUUGCACAAGGAAAUGAACUUCGAGCAUUCCAAGAACAAGCACAUCUUGAUUGGACUCAUUUUCUUGAGUAUCGUUCACGUGAAUUAAUUACCGGUGGUAUACUUAUUUUACUUAUUCCUUCUAUUGAUGAUCAAGGAUCUAAUGGAUUCGAUAUUAUCAGAGAAAUUCUUUAUAUAUGUGCUCAAUUAAUUCUUACUCCACAAGAAUUACUUGAUUAUACAUUACCAAUAUAUGCUCGAAAAUAUUCCGAAUGUAUUGAUGAUGAAUUAUUUGCUCGUUAUAAAUUUGAUGUAAUUAAAUCUGAAUUUAGUUCAGUUACAAUACCAUUUAUUAAACAAUGGCAAGAUAAACAAAUAACAUUGGAUGAAUUUGUUCGAUUAUUAACAUCAUAUGUUCGUAGUUGGUCAGAAUCAAUUCUUAAACAAGCACUUUUCGAAAAUAAUAAAUCAGAAAAAGAUAUUGAACAAACAAUAAAUCAAUUUUGGAAUUUAUAUGAUCAAGAAGUACGAAAAAGAUUCGAUCAAUUUUUAAAUAUACGUUCGAAUGUGAUCUAUUUGAUUUUGAAAAAAAAAUAA